AUGGUAAAAACUUUUGCCACACUCGCCGCUGUUACAGUCGCAAACAGCAGUCUCACCAAGAAAAUCAAGCGAACUCUGACCGGCUCUUUCGUCGAUGAUAACGCUAUCUCUUCGAAUGCUCGAACCAUGGGUGGAACUGACGAUACUUUCCGAACACUCGCAACUAUGAUGGCCUACGCUGCUGGAUGGGGAAGUGACAGCCAGAGUCCAGACUCUCAGCCUGACUUCGAUGCUGAGUUGAGUCGACUUGAGGACAAAUACACCAACUACGGCUGCUACUGCUGGAUCGAUGGAGUCGACAAUGGUGUCAUCGGCGGCGGCAAAGUUAAGGAUCACACCGACUUCCAAUGCAAAGAGCUCUACCGAUGCUACAAAUGCGUCAAUAUCGACUACUCACAAAACUACACACAGGUCGACUACCAGGCUGAUUUGACCGUCGACGAUCAGGGCAACCGAGUCAUCGAUUGCUCCGUCAACGCACAGUCUGCUGCCGAAAACAUCUGCGAAUGCGAUAAGCGAUUUGCUGAAAAGAUUGCUCUCGGAGAAUCGGAAUGCUCCAUGGGAAUUGCAGGUCACAAAAAGGGAGACUACUGCAUGGAUGAAAGCUUGAGAACUGUCACUGGUACCAGAUUGGAUAAUGGGCAGGCUGGUACUUUCGACUCUCGAAACAUGUGUGAAAAGGCCUUCCCAGACCACAACAAGGACAAAUGCUGUGGAAUCUACCCCAACCGAAACCCCUACGAUUCCUCCCACCAGGACUGCUGCGAAAUCGAAAACAAAGACUCCGGAGAUCUUUUCUACCAGAAAAUGCAAUUGGACAAGUGCGAAGACCUUGGUGGCCGAGUUGUCGAGUCCGAAGUUGGAAACCCACACAGCUACUUUGUCCUCAGCAACUAA